GGCAGGUGCUGCGCACACACUGCACACGGCCCUUGACUGAGAAGCGACCUGCGCCUCGAGGGAGACAACCACCGAAUUCUAUCUGGGAAAAGUUAGGUUAAGAAAAAUGGACGAUUGGCAAGAAACGGAACCUUCUUCAGGUCCUGUAACAAAUACCAGCCAUGCCGCAAGUGAAGGAAACUCCUGGAACUCUGAUGGUGGUGAAUUUGGAAAGAGCCGCUUUGGAAGAGGCAGAGGCGGACGAGGAGGCUCCUUCUCCUCAGGUGGUGAUGAGAAUGGGAGUGAUAACGACAGCUGGAAAAAUACAGGAGGAGAGAGUGGUGGUUUCCGCGGUAGAGGAAGAGGGCGUGGCCGGGGGUUUGGCAGAAGUGAUACAACUGGAGAUGAUGAUGGAGAUCGUGAAAAUGGGUUCAGAGGCAGAAGAGGCAACCGAGGAGGAGGGUUCAGACAAGGUGACCAGGGUGGCAGAGGAGGCUUUGGUGGAGGUUACCGUGGAAAAGAAGAGGACAUCUUUGCUCAAGGAGAUGAUUCAGGAGAGAAGGAUGCCAGUGAGGCUGAGAGGCCACGGGUCACUUAUGUUCCACCAAGCCUUGCUGAGGAUGAAGACUCAGUCUUUGCCCACUAUGAGAAGGGCAUCAACUUUGACAAGUAUGAUGACAUCAUGGUGGACAUCAGUGGAACCAACCCACCAGAGGCCAUCGUGACCUUUGACGAGGCCAAAUUGUGCGAGUCCCUGAGAAAAAACAUCACCAAAUCCGGUUAUGCGAAGCCGACCCCUGUGCAGAAGCACGGUAUACCAAUCAUCUCUGCUGGCAGAGAUCUCAUGGCCUGUGCCCAGACUGGAUCCGGUAAAACGGCUGCAUUCCUGCUCCCCAUCCUGCAGCAGCUGAUGGCAGAAGGAGUAGCAGCCAGUCGCUUCAGUGAGCUGCAGGAGCCUGAAGCCAUCAUUGUGGCCCCGACCAGGGAGCUCAUCUGCCAGAUCUACCUGGAAGCAAGGAAGUUUGCCUUUGGGACAUGUGUGCGUCCAGUGGUGGUUUAUGGUGGCGUCAGCACUGGACACCAAAUGAGAGAAAUAGAAAGGGGAUGCAAUUUACUGUGUGGAACACCAGGGAGGCUGUUGGACAUGAUUGGAAGAGGAAAGGUCGGGUUGCAGAAGGUGCGCUACUUUGUGCUGGAUGAGGCCGACCGCAUGUUGGAUAUGGGCUUUGAGCCGGACAUGCGCCGCGUGGUGGGCUCCCCUGGAAUGCCAUCCAAAGAAAACCGUCAGACCCUGAUGUUCAGUGCCACCUACCCUGAGGACAUCCAGAGGAUGGCUGCUGACUUCCUCAAGACGGACUAUUUGUUCUUAGCUGUGGGCGUGGUGGGCGGAGCCUGCAGUGAUGUAGAGCAGACAUUUGUUGAAGUUACUAAGUUCUCCAAGAAGGAGCAGCUCCUUGACCUCCUGAAAACCACAGGAACAGAACGCACCAUGGUGUUUGUGGAGACCAAGAGACAGGCUGAUUUUAUUGCCACGUUGAUGUGCCAGGAGAACGUUCCAUCUACCAGCAUUCACGGUGACCGUGAGCAGCGGGAGCGAGAGCUGGCCCUGAUGGACUUCCGCUCUGGUAAAUGUCCAGUCCUGAUCGCAACCUCUGUGGCUGCCCGGGGCCUGGAUAUUCCAGAUGUGCAGCAUGUGGUGAACUUUGACCUCCCCAACAACAUUGACGAAUACGUUCACCGCAUUGGGAGAACUGGCCGCUGUGGCAAUACUGGGAGGGCGGUGUCUUUCUUUGACCCGGAUGCAGAUGGCCAGUUGGCUCAGUCCUUGGUCACAAUCCUGUCUAAGGCCCAGCAGGUUGUGCCCCCGUGGUUAGAGGAGUAUGCGUUCAGUGGCCCCAGUAGCUCAGAUGUCAAAUCCUCCUUUGCCUCCACAGACUCCAGGAAGGGAGGGUCCUUUCAGGACAACACUGUGAAGAGACAGGUGGCAGCUGCGCCUGCAGCCGAUGAAGAAGAAUGGGAAUAGAGCUAUUCUUAUUAUAACGAUUAUUUCAGCUGUACACCUCGUUGUAGUUUUAUCACUGGUUUUGUUUCAAAAUAGAAAAUGUCAAGUGAAAUGUUAGCCAGCAUGUUGUGUUCACUAACCAGCAUGUUGUGAAAAAGCUUUUGUUUUUUUAAUUUAUUUUUUAUUAAUCUCUUGACUUCUUCAAAAUGUUCAUGUCUGGAGGGACUAAUAAAUGUGUUCCAAGCAAA